UGGUGAAACAAGUGAUUGAGGUCACAUAUUUGAGGUAUCAUUUGGUCUCAUUUUAAGGGACUAGAUGGUGAAACAAGUGAAAAUCUAACUUUUUGUUAGAGCAAAGUCAUUAGAUGUCUUAGUUUAAGGUUUUCUUCAAGGGAAUUUUCUAUAUCCAUAUAUAGAAAAUGAUAUAACUACUAUAAAUUAAGUGGAAUGGAUGAUAUAACUCCACCAAGGAUUCUAAUAAAUGAUAUGACACAGGUGAGUGAUUAUUGUGUUGGGUCAUUGCACCAAGAAUUGGAAGAAGCAUGGGGAUCUGAAGGCUCUACAAAUGAAUGGAACAAAAAGUGGCAAUCUGCACUAUCUAAGGCGUAUGAUAACGUUGAUAAAGCUUGUGUAAAAGAUCUUUCAGGUGGAUCAACUGCAGUAGUUGUGCUAAUUUCACCUUGCCAGAUCAUUGCUGCAAAUUGUGGUGAUAGUAGGGCCAUUCUUUGUCGCGGGUUCUACACCAUUCCUCUCACUGCUGAUCAUAAGCCUUACAGGCAAGAUGAAAAUGAAAGAAUCGUCAGGAGUGGGGGUCUUGUUAUACCAGACACAUGGGGUCUACUGAGAGUUGAUGGUGUUCUUGCCAUGACAAGGGCAAUAGGAGAUGGGUCGAUGAAGCCAUAUGUAAGCGCGGUUCCUGAGGUGACUUUUACCACCAGGACCGAUGAGGACGAGUGUUUAAUAAUGGCUAGUGAUGGUUUAUGGGAUGUUAUGUCUACAGAGCUUGUGGGAACUAUGGCUACUAGUAUGCUGCGACAUGAGCGGGAAUUUCCAAGCACCAAUGAAAAACCAACACAACGUGUCGCAAAAUAUCUUUUCAAAGAGGCAUUGGCAAGAUCAAGCAGCGAUAACUUUUCGGUUAUUAUUGUGGACUUGAAAAGGCAGCCAUAAAAACAUGUUGCAUGCAGUUUGGUAUGAUCUUAAUUAAUAAGUUGGUGGACAAACAACAUAACAAUAGUUUGUGUUAAACAGUUUGAGCUAUGUUACUCUUUGUUUAUUCUCUUUUUUUUAUUUAUAUAAAUGCUUCAGGA